AUGUCGAGUACCAAUACUACCAAAGAGGACGCUACCACUUUACUCUCCAAGCUCUCAUUGGCUGAGAAGAAGGGAAAAGAGGAGCAGGGUGCCAACAAUUUCACCACCGAAGUUGUCAAGGAGACUCUUCAGGCUCCUGUGGUUCCUGUGGUUCCAGCGGCUCCAGCGGUUCCAGCGGUUUCUGCCGUUCCUUCGAUUGUGAAAACAAAAGUCGCUUCAGAUCCAGUUGAGCCUGCACCAGAGGUCACCAAGAAAACAGACAAAGAGGAAAAUGAAAACAAAACCAACUUGAUAGAUUCAUCAUAUGAGGUCAAGGUCAAUUUGGCAGAUAUACAGGCAGAUUCUAAUUCGCCGCUUUUUUCUGUAAAAUCCUUUGAGGAAUUGGGUCUCUCAGAGGAGUUGUUGAAGGGUCUUUACGCUAUGAAGUUCUCCAAACCAUCCAAGAUUCAAGAAAAGGCACUACCCUUACUAGUUGCAAACCCACCGAGAAACCUUAUAGGCCAGUCUCAAUCAGGUACAGGUAAAACGGCAGCAUUUGCCUUGGCUAUGCUCACACGCGUGGACAUCAAUGACCCUUCUAUACAGGCUGUUUGUCUUUCACCUGCUCGUGAAUUGGCACGUCAAACGCUGGAUGUCAUCCAGGAAAUGGGUAAGUACACCCCUGUAAAGUUCCAGUUAGUUGUUCCAGGAGUUUUAGAGAGAAAUCAAACUGUCAAUUCUCAGAUCAUCGUGGGUACUCCUGGUUUAAUGCUUGAUUUGGUCAGAAGACGCCGUAUUGACCUCUCCAAAACCAAGAUAUUUGUAUUGGAUGAGGCUGAUAAUAUGUUGGAUCAACAGGGAUUGGCUGAUCAAUGCGUUAGAUUUAAGAAAAUGCUUCCCAAGAACGUUCAACUUGCCUUGUUUUCCGCUACUUUUGCUGAGGAGGUUAAAAGAUAUGCUAAAAAGUUUGUUCCAAACGCCAAUACUUUGGAGUUAAAACAUGAGGAGUUGAAUGUGAAAGCCAUCAAACAAUUAUACAUGGAUUGCAAUUCAGAGGAUCACAAAUUUGAGUGUCUCUGUGAGUUGUACGGCUUGUUAACGAUUGCCUCGUCCAUUAUCUUUGUUCAGAGAAAGAAGACGGCAGAUAAAUUAUACUUCAAAAUGAAACAAGAGGGUCAUGCAGUAUCUGUGUUGCACGGAGACUUGGACACUAAGGAAAGGGAUAGACUCAUUGAUGACUUUAGAGAAGGAAGGUCGAAGGUUCUUAUUACAACAAAUGUGUUGGCAAGAGGUAUCGAUAUUCCUUCUGUUUCUAUGGUAGUCAACUACGAUAUGCCUUUUGAUAAGAAUGGUAAACCUGACCCUGCCACCUACCUUCACAGAAUCGGAAGAACUGGUAGAUUUGGUAGAACAGGAGUUUCCAUUUCGUUUAUACACGAUAAAGAAUCCUAUGAAUGCUUGAAAUAUAUUUCCCAGUAUUUUGGUGAUAUAGAGUUGACUAGAGUUCCGACAGACGACUGGGACGAGGUUGAGAAGAUUGUGAAGAAGGUAAUUAAAUGA